UUAACUUCAUUUCGUCAGGAGACUUAUGAAUAGUUCUAUUAAGAUUAGUAAAUUUCUGUUUGGCUUAGUACUGCAUUUUGUAGCUUUUCUCUACCUUGGUGGUAUACAGGAAAAAAAAAUAAUAAAAAUUCCAGACUGUUAUGGCAAGCUGUGUGAGACAAUGAAAUUUAUGCUUUCAAUCAAGCUAAGUACAUCAUCACUGUGCUUCUUUGAAAUUAGGAGAAGGAAAAAUAUUUUAAUGAUGAGGCUAACCAAACCUACUUUAUUCACUAAUAUUCCUGUGACUUGUGAAGAAAGAGAUUUGCCAGGUAAUCUAUUUAACCAGCUCAUGAAAGAUGAUCCAUCUAUUGUAAAGGGAGCAGAAACUUUGAUGCUAGGAGAAAUGCUGACUUUGCCUCAAAAUUUUGGAAAUAUAUUUCUGGGAGAGACUUUUUCCAGUUACAUUAGUGUACACAACGAUAGUAAUCAAGUUGUCAAGGACAUACUGGUGAAGGCUGAUCUUCAGACAAGUUCCCAGCGCUUGAACCUUUCAGCUUCUAGUGCUGCAGUGGCAGAACUUAAACCUGACUGCUGCAUUGAUGAUGUGAUCCAUCACGAAGUAAAGGAGAUAGGAACACACAUCUUAGUUUGUGCAGUAAGUUACACUACGCAGACAGGAGAGAAGAUGUACUUCAGAAAGUUCUUCAAAUUUCAGGUUCUUAAACCACUAGAUGUGAAAACCAAAUUCUACAACGCUGAGAGUGACCUCAGUUCUGUGACUGAUGAAGUGUUUCUGGAAGCUCAGAUUCAGAAUAUCACUACCUCUCCAAUGUUUAUGGAGAAGGUUUCUUUAGAGCCAUCUAUGAUGUACAAAGUUGCAGAACUGAACGCAGUUGACACAGCAGGGGAGAGUGAGUCUACUUUUGGCUCAAGGACUUACUUACAACCUAUGGAUACACGUCAGUACUUAUACUGCCUAAAACCAAAGCAAGAAUUUGCAGAGAAAGCUGGAGUAAUAAAAGGUGUGACAGUGAUUGGUAAACUAGACAUUGUAUGGAAAACUAAUCUGGGUGAACGUGGAAGGCUGCAAACUAGCCAGCUUCAGAGAAUGGCUCCUGGUUAUGGUGAUGUAAGGCUUUCUUUGGAGACAAUACCAGACACCGUAAAUUUGGAAGAACCUUUUAACAUUACAUGUAAAAUAACAAAUUGCAGCAGUGAAAGGACUAUGGACCUGGUUUUAGAAAUGUGCAAUACCAAUUCCAUCCACUGGUGUGGAGUUUCAGGAAGGCAACUUGGAAAGCUGCACCCAAGUUCAUCCCUCCAUCUUGCACUUACAUUGCUGUCCUCAGUGCAGGGAUUGCAAAGUGUCUCUGGCUUAAGACUUACAGACACGUUUUUGAAGAGAACAUACGAAUAUGAUGAUAUUGCACAAGUCUGUGUAGUUUCUUCAGAAGUCAAACAAAGCUGAAGAAAAACAUUCUGUAUUUCUGCUGGGCUUUUUUUCUUUUUUUUUUUGGACCAACUUCUUGAUGUUUUUGCAGCUGAAUCACAUCAAAAUGUGUACAAACAAAACCAAACCCCUAUGUAUCUGUAAAUGUAACUAUGCUUAUUUAAUUUCUCUGAGCAUUUUUUGAAUGUUUUGAAAUCUUAAAAGCAUGUGUAUGCAUUUUAUCUACUGAAAAUAAAGCCUUUGAAAAAAGUGUAGCUCUAGCAACUUAUGUUGCAUUAACAUCACCUUGGGGCAGGGGGGUGAGAUUGAUACGAAAUAGUAGCACUUCGUACUGAUUUUUAUUAUUUUAAUUAUUUUUAAAAUAUUUCAACAAUUUUUAAAUUGUGGUUCUGACAAAACUGCUUCUGUCUGAAGGAAUUGGCCUUUUAUAGGCAAGUUCCUGGAGUCCAAACCCCCAAAAGAAAGACUUCGGGGUACCUGGCGCGGCAAUGUAUUUGCCUGGUACGUACACAGCCAUAAGAGCUGCAGCCUGGUAAAGGCACGAGAUGAGAGUGCAGCUGGCACUGCUGAGGCGCCGGUGGCCAGAAAGUAGAGCAUUAGCCAGAGAAUGUGUUGGUUGUGGCUCAGUCUCUCGGAAGGAGUGAUACAGCAAAUCUGCCGCCGUUAGCUGCAGUCUUGGGCAGCGUUGUGCCUCCCAGCGAUACAGGGCGCGCUGUGCACAGGCACGUUACUUCCGAAUUAGUCGGGAACUGGAAACUAAAACAGCAGAAUUUGGGCAUUUUUUCAUUGUUAAACUGAGGCAGUGGGAAUUGUUCUUCCCAUCCCAGAGGCAUUUAAGUAGACUGUUCUAGGAAAAUAAGGAGAAAAACCCUACAAGGCUGCCCUAGAUCAAGUUCUCCAAAGCAUACGCAGGAAGGAAUUCAGGACUUGGUUAAGCAUUGAAAUGUGCUUUUCCCUAGCUUUGUUUUUGAUAAAAGAUUGAAAUAUUUUGGGCUGAAAUGCCUCAGGUCACCCAAAGGAAGCCAUUUAAUACAGAAAAUGGUGACUGACUUUCCUAGUUCCACAAUAGUUAAGCUAGUGUUAAAGAUUCUACUUUUGUUGUAUUUCUCAGCUAUCACAUUGGCACUUAGCAACUUUAGUUAGUUUUGACAGUAUUUUACUUAAGGCUUUCCUGUGUAUAAAAUCUUUUAAGUGUAGAAUUCAAUUUAAAAAUACUGGAUAAAUUUAGGACCAGCUUACAAAAUUGAGGGAAUGAGUCCACACCAGGGAAAAAAAUACAUUGAAGCUCUAUCUCACACAUCUUAUAAAAUGCAGAGCAACCAACAUAAACAGGUAUAUUAAAGAAUGCAAUUUACCUGUUACUGUAGAUACAUGAACAAACUAAAACAGUAAAACCACAACUAUCCAGACAAAAAAUGUAAAUAACUUUAUUAAUCUAUUUUCAAGUUAAACUGACACAAGUUGAAGGAAAUGUAACUAUGGUAAUAAGAGGUAGGAGCGAUACAGAAAUGGUAGACAAGUUGCAUUUUGCCAGGAUGACUUUGGGUAGCCCUGGAACAGCGUAUGAAUCCAAAGCGGCAGACUUCGUUCUUUCUCAGUAUGCACAAGUGAUUUUACUUUGUACUCAUUACAAAACCAGAAGUGCAACUGAAACAAUUUCUAAGCUGAAUAUUUCAGUAGGUGUCUUUAUGAUCAGGCAUAGUUAGAAGAAUACACUUCCAUGCAAGCAGGCUACGGGAGUUUACAAUUUGAGUGCAAAACAUUUUCUUCUCUAACAAUUAUCACACUUAUAUGCUGAUGGAAUAGUAAUGAUACAAAACCAAUUAAGUGCUAAAUGCAUAUUUGCUCAGUUGAAUUAUAAACUGCAACUGACCUUACAUUAAAGCCGUAUUUAUGGGAAUUGUGGUUUACCACUUGAUCUAGGAGGAUGAAAAAUUUUAGUGCAAAAUAAAGUGCAGUUAUUACACAGGAAAAGAUUCCUUCCUCACCCUGUGAUUGAGACAUACGGCAUGACUCUGAAACAAUCUAGCCUAUUCAAGGCAAAAUAGACCUUAGCGUAAAUGAUCCCUCUGUUCCUGGUUUCAAUGGGAAAGCAUGUAAUGACAGCUCCUGUUAUUGGUUUCACUGUUUUUUAUUUAGGCUGUUGUCCUAGUUUCGGCUGGGAUAGAGUUAAUUUUCUUCAUAGAAGCUAGCAUAAU